CUGCUUUGCUCAACAAAGUAUGCAUUCUCGUAGUACUUAUGUGUUAGCCUAAAAUCUAAAUUAAAGGUGUGCAUUAUAUACAAUUAGCUAAAAAGUUACAAACUCGCACUUUUAUUUAAGUUAGAAAUAAAAUACUUUGAUUUAAACCAUUUUUAGCCGGCUUAUGUAAAUCGUCAUGUCUGUCCGUCUGUCUUUCGAUAACUCUCGAAUGAGUUGACCGAUUUUGACCAAAUUUGGUACAGACAUGUAUCUGGGCAAUGCCUGCAACGACUCAGAAAAGGUUUGGAUCGAUGGGGGUCAUAUAAAUAAGUGGGUGGGAUAUUAUGCACCAAAUUUUCAAAAUUGUGAUAGAAAGCUGAAAUUUGUCAUGGAGCGAGCUAGUGGUUCCCAAUGAAAGAGUAUGAAGUGAAAUUGGAAAAUUUUUCGACUGGAGGUACCAUAUGGGGUGAGGGUGACCCAUACCGAUUUUUAAAAAUCAUCCAAUCGAGCUGAAAUUUGGUAUAAAGACUCCUAAUCGCCCCUAAGGGAAGAAUAUGAAGUAAAAUUGGUAAAAUUUAUAUAUGCCGGGACAUUUUUGGGUGACCCCUGCCGAUUUUCAGAAAUUGUCGUAAAAGCUGAAAUUCGGCACGGUGAUACUUUUAAUGGCUUCUCGUGAAAUAAUAUAAACUCAAAUAUGAACUAGGGGUACAAAUCCUUAUGCAUUAUAAAUAUGCACUGGGAACGAUUUUGCUCAUGAGCAUAAAAUUCAGCUUGUCCUAAUACAUAAUACUUCCGGAUAGAUAGCAACAUACUUCAAUUUGCUUAUGAAUAAUGUGUGCAAUAAUGUUUUUAUAUGUAAACAUUAAUUUUGAUUCGAAUUAUUAAUUUUUGUAAUACAGUAGUCAGAUUUAUGCUGCUCAUAAUAGUGAUAUAAAAAAUAGUUAAUAAAUAAAACUAAAUAAAUGCUUACAACAAAAUUGUAGUUGUUCUCUUGGUGCAGUUUGAAUCAGAAUGUGUAACUCAUAAGCGGUGUCUAAUUUUAGGGAUUGGGAAUUUUCAUUGACAAAAAAAUGUUCGGAAAGUGGAUUCGGAGAAUCCGUUUUUGUAAUAUGCGGGUUGUCUUAAAUAUUUACAUAAUCAUCGUCCAUUCGACACCGAUAAAAUAUCUUAAAAAUGGACUCUGUAAAUAUACAAAAUUUUGACGCACUUUACGCAAUAAUUUGCAACAGGUUGCGAGAAAGUGGCGAAAGUAUCAGAAUCAUUGACGAAAUCUCCAACUCAGAUUCUGACAUUAUUCGGGUUCAAUCCAUCAUAAAAUCAGACUCGGAAGUUUUGAAUUUAUUUUCAAAAAACAUUGCCCCACACUACUCGACAAAGGACGAGACUCGUGCAAAGCAGUUAUUGACAGAGGCAUGUAGCCAAAACUCGCUAGCUCUUAUAAAUCAAGCCUUGCAAUUAAGUUUCAUUACCGCAGAAAGCAACAUAGCUCCGGAGAAUGGCCUGUCUGCAAUGCAAAUAAUAGACGCUAAAGUUUUACAACAAUUUUUAGAUAGUUCUCAAACCAGACAAUGUACAAAUAAUGAGAAUUUUUUUGUGUCGGAAAUAUUUUCAAGAAGGUCUGCAAUCCUAUUUCAAUAUGGAAAGUUUGAGUCCUGUAUACGAGAUACUUUUAGAUGUGUCAACUUAUUGGGGGGAAAUAAAACAUACGAAAUUGUGCUUCGAUUAGCACUUAGCUAUAAGCAAUUAGGAAAUUACAACGAAUCCAAAAGUGUUGCUCAGCAUGCACUUGAAGUUCUGAGGGGGAGCAGCAUGGACAAUGAGUUCAAAGGGAAAGAAACGGUCAGAUUGAUUGCCAUAAUUAAAGAUAUUCAGCAAUCACUUGGAGCUGGAGGUAACUCUGUGGGAAAGACCAGUGCUGGAAAUAAGGACAAAGAGAAAGCAGCUGCAGGAGGCAAAAGUCACGAUUCCACACACGUUUUCAAAUGUGAGCUUUUCGAAGGACGACAUAAAUUUUUAGGAGCAGCGUCAAGUGCUCUCGAGUUAAUAUACUCGGAAACCAAGGGACGACAUGUGAUUGCUAAUCGCAACAUUCCUCCAGGUUCGACACUCAUAAUCGAAAACCCAUUCUCCUGGUCAGUGACGCCAACGGAGUACUCCUACGUAUGUCAAUAUUGCUUAGCAUCUGAACCGGCAAGUAGCGAUGGAAUUGCCUGUGCGUGUUGUUCUGCGGUAAUAUUUUGCAACGAAGAGUGCAGGGAUAAGGCAAUGAAACUAUUUCAUAAAUAUGAAUGCACAAUUUUCAAACUGUUGGACUCUUCCGAGAAAUUGGGAAAAAUGGGAGUCCUUUGCUUUAGAACAGUUUGCCAAGUGCCUUUAGAGGAACUAAUUGUGAUGCAUAAUGCCUUACUUGCUCAUUCAUCAGAUAAAUCUUCCCCCUCCUCCAGCAAUCCUUUACUAAUGGGUUUCACUACAUCGACGAAAAAGUUGGACUCGUCACAUUAUUCGUCAGUAUUUGCUCAGACAACCAACUCCGACCUUCGGACUGGCGCUGACCUCUUAAAACGAACUUACGCCGCCAUAUACUUGACCUUAUGUUUGCGCUUUGUGGGAUACUUUAACAAUAAUCAUGGUUCUGAAUUGUCAAAUGAAAUGUCUGAAACGGAAGUAAUUGUUGCAAGUGUGUUACUUCGUCAUCUUCAAUCUGCAUCCUGUAAUGCUUAUGGAGUGAAUCAUAUCGCUGCUGUGGGUGCAAAACCAGGCUCCCGAGCAAUGGAAAAUAUUGAAGUUGGAGGAGGAACGUUCCCCAUGAUUUCUACGACGAAUCACAGCUGCAAUCCGAAUAUUUAUCGUUUCAACGUUGGGAAACGAUGUGUGGUCAAGAGUCUCGUUGAAAUCAAACAAGGUGAAGAAAUUCUUGAUUCCUAUGGACCAGGGUUUACCAUUACCUCCCGUCACCAGCGUCAAAAUGAACUAGAAAACCAAUAUUGUUUCAAGUGUCAAUGUGUCGCUUGCUGUAAUAACUGGCCUACUUUUGAAGAGUUGCGAAAUCCUAAUCGACAAACAACGUACCGCUUCAGCUGCCCCCAUUGUGACGCGGGACAAUUCGAAACUACUUCAAUAAAAGAUAAACAAAAAUGUCAGCAUUGCAAUAAAUUGGUGGACUUUAAAAAGUUGCAAAAGCUUCUGAAAUCUGCAGGAGAAAAAUAUGCCCGUGCCAAAGAUUGUGUCUUAAAGCAGAAAUUAGACGCAGCUGAGAACAUUGAGAAACAUUUAUGCAAUUAUAUUCUAGCCAUUUCAAAAGUGAUGAUUAUCCCAACAAAGGAGUCCGUCGAAGCUCAAGAGGUUCUCAAACUAUUUUAUAACCUCACCGUAAGAAAUGGUAUUCUAACGUUGUAGAGAUGCCAGAAAUGAAAAUAUAAAUAAAGUAAAUAAUUUGUUAAGUAGUAUAUCAAAGUGUAUGUAAUAAUUAAAUAAAUCAUACUUUUAUCAUCCA